AUUUUCGAUAUCGCAAUGCCAGCCGGCCGUAUCAGAAUGUCACCGAUACAUUCGAUACUUUAUUCGAGUCUAUUCGAGUACACCGCUCGCCGCGACACGGAACACUGUCAAAUAAAUACAGUUUGAAAUAUAUCCGCUGUCGAGUUCUGUGAUCCUGGUAUAUACGUGCCAUUUGAAGAAUGAAUUUUUACAUGUUUCUCAUGUUGUUCGGUUAUUUUUUCACCUGGAGCAGCGGCAUGUUGUACAGGCGCGACUCUGAUAAUGUUUUGAAACCCGAUCUUCUGCCAGUAUCCUCAACUGUGAUGCCACUACCGUAUUACUCUGUGUACGGAUUCGAAAAGAAAUUACUUCGAGACAAGAACAAAAAACGACCCCAAGGGAAAAUCUCGCUAGUAACAAAACAACCAAAAUAAAAAGCCGUAAUAACCUACCAUUAAAGCAGUUUAGCUUUUUCUGUUCGUAGGUAAAAUUGUAUGAUAAUUUGCUGUAAUGGUUUCAAUGCGUCUGUAAUUAAAUGGCAACGUAAAAAAGGAAUAAUAAUUUUCUGUAUUUCGCUGAAAUGAUUAUGUAAUUUUUAUGUUACUUGUUGAUCUAUGUGAAAAUUCGGAAAUUAAAUGUAGAUGAUUUUCAUUAAAUAACAGACCUAUAUUUUAUUUAAAAAAAAAUAUUGUGAUAUUAUUUAUAAAAACGUAAUUUCAUACAGACUAUUGAUAAUAAAAAAUAUAAAUAUAUAUAUAUAUAUUUAUCAAAGUUUUUGAAUUAUAUACCUAUUUUGAAAGCGAUUUAAAUAAAUUGUAUUUUUAACUCA